GGUACACUAACGGAAACUACCUGGUGCUGCUGGUGUCGCUGUUCAUUAUCCUGCCCCUCUCGCUGCUGAAGAAUUUGGGUUACCUUGGUUACACCAGUGGUCUGUCCCUGCUUUGCAUGGUGUUUUUUCUGAUUGUGGUGAUCAUCAAGAAGUUCCAGAUCAUGUGCCCUCUGCCUGAUAUCCAUGAUCUGAACGAAACCAUAAGCAAACUGAACAUCACCGUGGCCCAAAUGAACACUACCGCUGUGGACUACAGCGAGGACUCCUGCACACCCAAAUACUUUGUCUUCAACUCACAGACUGUCUACGCUGUUCCCAUCCUGACCUUCGCCUUCGUGUGCCACCCGGCCAUCCUGCCCAUGUACGAGGAGCUGAAAGACCGUUCCCAUAGAAAGAUGCAGGGCGUUGCCAACGUGUCCUUCCUGUCCAUGUUCAUCAUGUAUCUGCUCGCCGCCCUCUUCGGAUAUCUGACAUUCAACUCACGCGUGGAGCCCGAGCUGCUGCACACCUACUCCAAAUUCUUCAAGUCUGACAUCAUCCUGCUCAUCGUCCGCCUGGCCGUGCUGACCGCCGUCACCCUCACCGUCCCUGUGGUGCUCUUCCCCAUUCGUACCUCCAUCAACCAGCACCUGUCCAGCUCCAAGGACUUCAGCUGGGUCCGCCACAUUAUCAUCACCAUCGUCCUGCUGGGAGGCACCAACGCCCUGGUCAUCUUUGUCCCCACCAUCAGGGACAUCUUCGGCUUCAUCGGCGCCUCUGCUGCUGCCAUGCUCAUCUUCAUCCUGCCGUCGGCUUUCUACAUCAAACUGGUCAAGAAGGAGUCUAUGAAGUCUGUGCAGAAGAUCGGGGCCACCGCCUUCCUCGUGUGCGGCCUCGUGGUCAUGAUCGGCAGCAUGAGCCUCAUCAUCCUGGACUGGAUCCACAACGCCACAGCCAGUGUAGAGACACAAGGCAACGGACACUAGAAACUCCACCUCUGCUGCCGCAGCCAACCGGAGAAGAGGAGGACACUGCCGGUGCUGGACUGCGGCGACCACGCAACCAAUGAAGACCCCAACG